CGCACGGCCGUGCUAGCGCGCUGUUCUCCAACAGAGACCACAUUACUUACUACACGCUAGAAGCACCUCCUCAAACCUCGGCUUUACUCGCAUCAAACGCCCGAUUCAACGUGGAUUCCGGGGCAACGUCACAUCGCAUUUGGGGCACGUGAAUGUGAGAACAUUGGGACACUAUGGACAGACCUCUGUUGCAAGAUCAGCAUUGCGACACAAGCAGGAAGGUGCCUAAACAGAUACCGUUAAUCCGGUAUCUGGUCCCAUUUAUCGUAGCGACUUCAAUUGCACGAGGCGUUACAAUUGGUCCGCGGGUGGAAGUGUAUACAAAAGUUGCCUGCGAAAAGCAACAAGAGGACAGCAAUGCUUUGGCGUUCGCAAGCAUGAUAACGCCCUCCCAGGGCCCUAUUUCAACGUCCAUUGCUAGUCACCCAAUGGCAUCUAUCAGUUACUUCCAAGUGACACAGCAAUCUCAUCUGGAGCAAUCUCAGGACUGCAUUUCCGAUGCGGCAGUUCGCGCGAGGGCGGCAACGAUGCAAGCUGUGGCUCUGACAGCUGGUGGAAUUAUGAGCAUUUUAACGUCUGGUCUUUGGGGAAUUUAUGGAGAUGAACACGGACGAACUCGGGUCAUGACUACUUUGAUCAUUGGAUUCUGGAUAGGGGAUUUGAUGUUUGCUUUAGCGUCCAGCACUGGAUCCUCCGUGAGUCCGUUGACGAAGAGUGUCCUAUUGGUGUCGGGGGCAGCGGUCGAAGGCCUAAUGGGCAGCUGGGCGACCUUUUUCGCUGUAAUGAACGCAUAUAUUUCGGAUUGUACAGAGCCAGAAACCAGGGCGACAUUCUUCUCAAGGUUCCAAGGUCUUCACUUCGUUGGUAAUUCGUUGGGCCCAGCUAUCGGCUCUGUGGUCCUACGAGUUUUCAGGAUUCCAGGGCCCGCAAGGGUACCAACGAUUUUCUACCUCGCUUUGGCGACAAAUAUGAUCAAUCUCCUUUACGUACUCCUCAUACUUCCCGAAUCCGUCUCUAGUGAGGACCAAGAUUUCGCAAGGAAGCAGCGGGCGAAGGUGGAACGGCGGCAGGCUGUGACUAGUGAGAUAGCGGACACCUUAUUAAUACCCAAAAGAUUGUUCUGGAAGCUGAAACGUCAGUUGAGGGAGGUGCUUGCCCCUCUGGCAGUCCUUCUGCCAAGACGGAACGAUUAUUUGGACAUGAACGGAUCGGAAAGCUAUCUGAAUUUCGGCUCGAAGCCAUAUGCAUCAAUUUGGAGAUGGGACUUUGAUCUCACUUUUAUUGGGCUCGCUUUUUGGUGCAACUUCCUCAAUAUGGGCGUCUAUCCGAACAAGUAUUUGUAUGUUGAACAUAUCUUUAACUGGAAAACGGAAAAAAUCGGGUACUAUGUCACUGUCUCAUCGGCUUUGCGCUCGUUAUGGCUUGUGGUUUUUUUGCCAACGAUCAUUCAGUUCUUAAAACCAGAGUUACCGGGUCCACCCACUCAACCUGAACCUGUCUCCUCCCGAACAGGGGCAGCAGCCGUUGCCGCUCGUAGACGAACAUACCUCCUCCCAACGAUCUACUUUGAUCUUCGAGUGGCAAAACUAUCUCUUCUAAUGGAUGUGAUGUCAUUCACGCUCACCAGCAUCAUUUCUUCUGAAAUUUCAUUCAUCGUCACGUCUCUACUGAGCUGUUUUGGUGGCGGAAUGGCGCCCGCUACGCAGAGCGUGGCUCUCGCGUUGGUUGAUUAUGGAACAGGUGAAUAUCAACAAAUCUCAGAAGAUCAAGAGGGACAAGAAAUACAGUGGGGCACGGAGGUGGUUGCUCCAGGUCAAUUUUUUGGCGCUAUUGGUGUCCUUCAGGCAUUGGGUCAGACAGUCCUUGGGCCGCUCAUCAUUGGUGAACUAUACGCCCUCACGGCCGGCUUCUUUCCGAGAAUGAUAUUUGUCGCGGGUGCCAUUUUACUUUCUUGUGCCUUCAUCUUCCUUAGCAUGGUGCGCCCGGCCAAAAUUCGGCCGCACGCUCUCGACGUCCCAGUCAAUCGAAGGCAGUGAUGACAUCACGGCUUGACACCAAUCCUCGAAUUCGCACGCGUACAUGCGCGUUACUCGCACAAUGUGUAGAAUCCGACCAGCAGAUAUAUAGUAACCACUCUGUAGGUGGAUAUGUAUCAGGUAACUGGGGUUGCCGAUAUGGGCUACAGAAAGAUGGCAGACUGGCAGUAAUCGAUAAAUCGAUAAAUAGUAGCGAAAUAAUCAUCUGUCUCUCCCAGGGCAGGAAGAUGAUUGUGCAUUAUUCCUUCAGCGAACCAUGAGUUAAGACAAAGUUGGAGUGCCUGACUUCCGCGUACAUCUCAGUCACUUCU